AUGAGAAAGAUAAGUAGAGUGGAUUGCUUGGUGCUUAUGGGGACUGGUUCAAUGCUGACCGUCUGUGUACUGCUAGAUCAUUAUAACAACCCUCGUAACGUUGGCUCGUUACCUAAGGAUGCUCCUGAUGUCGGUCUGGGUCUGGUCGGAGCGCCUGCUUGCGGUGAUGUGAUGAAGCUCCAGAUUCGUGUCGACAAGGACACCUCCAAAAUCACCGACGUCAAGUUCAAGACCUUUGGAUGCGGUAGCGCUAUCGCCAGCUCCAGCUAUCUGACUGAAUUGGUGCGCGGAAUGACUCUCGACGAAGCCGCCAAGAUCCGGAACACAGACAUCGCCAAGGAACUGUGCCUGCCUCCCGUCAAGUUACAUUGCUCCAUGCUUGCCGAAGAUGCGAUCAAGUCCGCCAUCAACGACUACUACACCAAGAACCCCAAGGCCACCAAGACCGAUCUCUCCGGCACUGGGGCUUCGUUGCCCAACAUCGAGAAGACCGAGGGCGCUACCGCCAGCCUGUGA